AUGGGGAUGACUGCUGUCAUGCGCUUCGGGCUCUUCUCCUCAGGGAGUGGCGGUGGCGUAUGUGUGACAGUUGCCAUUGAUCGGGUUUGCAUCGUUCGUUGGUGGAGAUUGCGGUUGCUAUGUUCGCAUUCACUUCUCGGUUGCUACCGACCUGGCAGUCAACAUCAGCGUCGUCUGAUAUCGGCAUGGGGUCGUGUUCACCCAUGCUCACAUUCUGUUCGCGCUCUCGCCGGUGGCUGCUGUGCCGAUACCAGUGCCUUCAUUCCUAUCGGAAGGUCGAACUGCGCCAUCACUGUUUGUGCACAGACCAUUGUCAUGUGCGUCUGUGUUCAAGCCCGACAGGAGGUCUUUUUGGUUCACGUUCCUCACGGUGUCGCUGGCGGCUGCAUUGGUGUCUGGGGUAGGUUACUGCACGCCUGUAUUCUGGCCCGGUGUUGGGUUGCUGGUCAUCGCGAUCCGUCUGACUUCCUGUCGGCGAUUUUAUUGAUUGAGCCGCACGCGUAA